UAUGUAAUUUUUUUUUGUAAUGGAAUAGUUUUAGUUAAUGAAUAAUACUUCUUCCUUUUAGGUUACACCUGUGUUUGAGGAUUGGACUACUAUUGAUUGGUAUCGAUUUUUCUGUUUAUGGGAGAAGUUGCCAACUUCUAUGAAAAGGGUAGCAGAGCUAGUGGGAGUUGAAGAGGGGUUCUUGGCUCGCUGUGUGAAAGGAAAAGUAGUAGCCAGAACUGAGAGACAGCACCGACAAAUGGCCAUCCAUAAAAGGUUUUUCACCAGUCUUGUGCUAUUAGAUUUAAUCAGUGAAGUUCCGUUAAGGAAAAUUAUUCAAAAAUAUGGAUGCAAUCGUGGACAGAUUCAAUCUUUGCAACAGUCGGCUGCUGUUUAUGCAGGGAUGAUUACAGUAUUUUCCAACCGUCUGGGCUGGCACAACAUGGAACUACUACUUUCCCAAUUUCAGAAGCGUCUUACAUUUGGCAUCCAGAGGGAGCUGUGUGACCUGAUUCGGGUAUCCUUACUGAAUGCUCAGAGAGCCAGGGUUCUCUAUGCUUCUGGCUUUCUUACUGUGGCAGACCUUGCUAGAGCAAAUAUUGCAGAGGUGGAGGUGAUUCUGAAAAAUGCUGUGCCUUUCAAAAGUGCCCGGAAGGCAGUGGAUGAGGAAGAGGAAGCAGUUGAAGAACGUCGGAAUAUGCGAACUAUCUGGGUGACUGGCAGAAAAGGUUUAACUGAACGGGAAGCAGCAGCCCUUAUAGUGGAAGAAGCCAGAAUGAUUCUGCAGCAGGACCUAGUUGAAAUGGGAGUGCAAUGGAAUCCAUAUGCAUAUUCUAGUACAUGUUCAUUGACUCAUAGUGAGUCAGAAGUAAAGGAACACACAUUUAUAUCCCAAACUAAGAGUUCUUAUAAAAAAUUAACAUCAAAGAACAAAAGUAACACAAUAUUUAUUGAUUCUUAUAUUAAGCAUUCACCAAAUAUAGUUCAAGACUUAAAUAAAAGUAGAGAGCAUACAAGUUUCUUUAAUUGUAAUUUCCAGAAUAGGAAUCAAGAACAUCAGAGACAUUCCAUUUUCAGAGCAAGAAAACAGACUUCUUUGGAUAUAAAUAAAGAGAAGCCAGGAGCCUCUCAGAAUGAGGGGGAAACAAGCAUUAAAAAAGUUGUCCAGACUUUUUCAGAGAAAACAAAAAAGGCACCUUUGAAUUUCAGUUCAGAAAAGAUGAGUAGAAAAUUUCUAUCUUGGAAACACAGAAAGCGUCUAAAGCAAUCCAGGCACAGCAGCCCCCUGAAAGUCUCUGGAGCAUGUAGAAUCAAUUUACAAGGACAGACUCUGUCUAAUUCUAUGCUUUGUGAAGACUCGUUUAGCUUAGAUGAGAAGAAUACAGAAUGUAGAAGUUCAGGGCCAUUUGCUAAAAACAUAUAUUUGAGUGGUGUGGGAAAAGAUGACAAAACAUCAUUCGCGUUACAAAUAAAGCAAAGCUGUUCACUAACUAAUGAUAAUUUUGUGGAACAUUUCGUCUCAGGAUCUCAGAGUAAAAAUGGGACCUGUCAGGCCACUAGUGUGGUUAGUGAAAAAGGCAGAGGCGAAGCUGUUGAGGUGGAAAAAAUAAAUGAAGUGCUGAUACAAAAUGAUUCAAAAAACCAGAAUGUUUAUGUGAAACACCAUGACACCCAUCCUAUUAACCGGUACCCUCCAAAGCAAUCUAAUGAACAGACAAGCACUUUUACCAAACAGAAAAAUAUAAUAGAGAAACAAAUGCCCUUUGAGGCAGUCAGGAGUUAUAUAAAUGGAGACUUAAAUGUUACUACUGUCAAUUGUGAAAGGAUAAAGCUUAAUACAGAGGAAAAUAAUCCAAGUCAUUUUCAGGCAUUAGGAGGUGAUAUAAGCAGAACCGAGAUACCCAGUGGAGUAUUUCUAUCAGCUGGAGCACUUAGCAAAUCAGGAGGCCAGCAUGAGAAUUUUCUAAAUAUUUCUAGACUACAAGAAAAAACAGGUGAUUAUACAACAAACAAAACUAAAAAUAAUGCUGCGGACUCAGGUUUAGUCCUCUGUGAUUUUGAAGAUAGUUUCUACCUGGAUUCUCAGUCAGAGAAAAUAAUACAACAGAUGGCAACUGAAAGUGCCAAACUAGGAGCAGAGGACACCAGCCUGGCAGCAGGGAUAAUGCAGAAGAGCUUAGUCAAACAGAACUCGAUGAACUCUUUUCAGAAUAAGUGUCACAUUACUUUUCCUGCUGAACAGCAUCCUCUAGGAGUGAAAAAGAUAGAUCAUUUGGACCUUAAGACUGUGGGUCCUAUGAAACAAAGCACUGAUUCACAUGGGGUUGAGAUCCUGACUCCAGAAAGCCCAAUUUUUCAUUCUCCGAUACUAUUGGAGGAAAAUGGUCUUUGUUUUAAAAAGAAUGAACUUUCUGUUACUGAUUCCCAAUUAAAUAGUUUUCUUCAAGUUUAUCAAACACAAGAAACUGUGAAACCAGUUACACCUCUGGUUCCCCAAAAGAGAACUCCCACUGGUAUAGAAGGAGAAUGUCUUCCAGUUCCUGAAACAAGUUUGAAUAUGAGUGAUAGUUUACUAUUUGACAGUUUCAGUGAUGACUAUCUAGUAAAAGAACAACUACCUGAUGUGCAAACAAAAAAAACCCUUCCUUCAGAAGUAACAUCAAACCAUUUUAGUGAUUCUCUGUGUCUACAACAAGAAGACCUAAUUAAAAAAUCAAAUGUAAAUGACAAUCAAGACAUCCACCAGCAGUUGACUUUUUCCAAUGAUGAAUCUAUUAUAUUUUCAGAAAUGGAUUCUGUUCAUAUGGUUGAAGCUUUGGACAGUGCGGAUAUAUUUCCUGUACAAGAGAAACAUCGUACUGUAGUAUCUCCUAGAGCAUUAGAACUGAGUGAUCCAGUACUUGAUGAGCACCACCAAGGUGAUCAAGAUGGAGGAGAUCAAGAUGAAAGGGCUGAAAAAUCAAAAUUAACCGGGACCAGGCAAAGUAAUUCAUUCAUGUGGUCAGGGGCAUCAUUUGAUCUAAGUCCAGGACUGCAAAUGAUUUUAGAUAAAGUGUCCAGUCCUCUAGAAAAUGAAAAGCUAAAAAUGACUAUAAACUUGUCUAGUUUGAAUGGAAAAAAUACGGAGUUAAAUGAAGAACAAGAAGUUAUUUCAAACUUGGAGACAAAUCAAGUGCAGGAAAUUUUAUUUUCUUCUAAUAAUGAAGUAAAAAAUAAGAUUGAGGUGCCAGAAAACAAUGCCAAUCAUGGUGAAACCUCAUCCCUCUUACCUCAUAAAGAACGCUGUAUAGUUGAUGAUAAUGGUCUCAUUCCUCCUACACCUAUUCCAACAUCUGCUUCUAAGCUGACAUUUCCGGGGAUUCUUGAAACACCUGUAAACCUUCGGAAAAUUAAUAAUGUUUUACAACCUGGUGAAAGUUAUUUACUUGGCUCACCUUCAGAUAUUAAAAACCACGAUUUAAGUCCAGAGAGAAAUGGGUUCAAAGACAACAGCCCUACUAGUGAUACAAGCUUUUCACUUCAGUUAUCACAGGAUGGAUUACAGUUAACUCCAGCCUCAAGCAGUUCAGAAAGUUUGGCCAUAAUUGAUGUAGCAAGUGACCGAAAUCUUUUUCAAACAUUCAUUAAAGAGUGGCGAUGCAAAAAGCAAUUUUCCAUCUCACUGGCUUGUGAAAAGAUUAGAAGUUUAACAUCUUCUAAAACUGCUACUAUUGGUGGUAGGUUUAAGCAAGCUAGCUCACCUCAGGAAACUCCUAUUAGAGAUUAUGGAUUUCCUGUUAAAGGCUGUGAUGACAUCUUGGUGGUUGGACUAGCAGUAUGCUGGGGUGGAAGGGAUGCCUAUUAUUUUUCAUUGCAGAAGGAACAAAAGCAUUCUGAAAUUAGUGCCAGUUUGGUUCCACCUUCUCUUGAUCCAAGCCUGACUUUGAAAGACAGGAUUUGGCACCUUCAAUCUUGCUUGCAGAAGGAAUCUGAUGAGGAACGUACCGUUGCCAUCUAUGACUUCAUCCAGAGCUAUAAAAUUCUUCUUCUUUCUUGUGGCAUCUCCUUGGAGCAAAGUUAUGAAGAUCCAAAGGUGGCAUGCUGGUUACUAGAUCCAGAUUCUCAGGAGCCGACUCUUCAUAGCAUAGUUACCAAUUUUCUUCCUCAUGAGCUUCCACUCCUAGAAGGGAUGGAUGCCAGCCAAGGGAUUCAAAGCCUGGGGCUGAAUGCUGGCAGUGAUCAUUCUGGGCGAUACAGAGCAUCUGUGGAGUCCAUUCUCGUCUUUAACUCUAUGAAUCAACUCAAUUCUUUGUUGCAGAAGGAAAACCUUCAAGAUGUUUUCUGCAAAGUGGAAAUGCCCUCUCAGUACUGCUUGGCCUUGCUAGAACUAAAUGGAAUCGGCUUCAGUACUGCAGAAUGUGAAAGUCAGAAACACAUACUGCAAGCCAAGCUGGAUGCAAUUGAGACCCAGGCCUAUCAACUAGCUGGCCACAGUUUUUCUUUCACCAGUUCGGAUGACAUCGCUGAGGUUUUAUUUUUGGAAUUGAAGUUGCCCCCAGAUGGAGAGAUGAAAAACCAAGGCAGCAAGAAAACUUUGGGUUCUACGAGAAGAGGGAAUGACAGUGGACGCAAGCUAAGGCUGGGAAGACAGCUCAGCACUAGUAAGGAUGUUUUAAAUAAAUUAAAGGCAUUACAUCCUUUACCUGGCUUGAUAUUAGAAUGGAGAAGAAUCACUAAUGCUAUUACCAAAGUGGUCUUUCCUCUUCAGCGGGAAAAGCGUCUUAAUCCUUUUCUUGGAAUGGAAAGAAUCUAUCCUGUGUCACAGUCGCACACUGCUACAGGACGAAUAACCUUUACAGAACCAAAUAUUCAGAAUGUGCCAAGAGAUUUUGAAAUCAAAAUGCCAACACUAGUAGUAGAAAGCCCACCUUCUCAAGCUGUAGGCAAAGGCCUACUUCCCAUGGGCAGUUUGUAUCACAGAGGAAAAAAUAAAAAGUGUUGGAGCCUGAACCCUGGAUGCCAGGCACAGACGGAGGAGAGAGCUGCAGACAGAGGAAUGCCGUUUUCAGUUAGCAUGCGACAUGCCUUUGUGCCUUUCCCAGGUGGUUUAAUACUGGCUGCUGACUACUCUCAGCUUGAACUGAGGAUCUUGGCUCAUUUAUCCCACGAUCGUCGUCUCAUUCAAGUGUUAAACACUGGAGCUGAUGUUUUCAGGAGCAUUGCAGCAGAAUGGAAGAUGAUUGAGCCAGAGUCUGUUGGGGAUGAUCUGAGGCAGCAGGCAAAGCAGAUUUGCUAUGGAAUCAUUUAUGGAAUGGGAGCUAAGUCUUUGGGAGAGCAGAUGGGCAUUAAAGAAAAUGAUGCUGCUUGCUAUAUUGACUCCUUCAAAUCCAGAUACACAGGGAUUAAUCAAUUCAUGAGCGAGACAGUGAAGAAUUGUAAAAGAGAUGGGUUUGUUCAGACCAUUUUGGGAAGACGUAGAUAUUUGCCAGGAAUCAAAGACAACAACCCUUAUCAUAAAGCUCACGCUGAGCGUCAAGCUAUCAACACAACAGUCCAAGGAUCAGCAGCUGAUAUUGUCAAAAUAGCCACAGUUAACAUUCAGAAGCAAUUAGAGACCUUCCACUCAACUUUCAAAUCCCAUGGUCAUCGAGAGGGUAUGCUCCAAAGUGACCAAACAGUAGGAUUGUUACCAAAGAGAAAACUGCAAGGGAUGUGCUGCCCAAUCAGAGGAGGCUUCUUCAUCCUUCAACUCCAUGAUGAACUCUUAUAUGAAGUGGCAGAAGAAGAUGUUGUUCAGGGUCUUUAUAAGAGGGAAGCAGAAGAUGUGACAAAGAAACAGAGAACUAUUUGAAGAUGCUACACCGCUGGCUUUAAAGUUGGAAGAAGGGGCCGUGAGCCAAGGAAUGCAGGAACCCUCUAAAAAUUGGAAAAGGUAAGGAAAUGGAUUCUCUCCUAGAACCUUCUGAAGGUAUGUUCUCUCCUAGAACCUUCUGAAGUCAACACCUUGACUCUAGCCCAGUUAAGACCAUUUUGGACUUCUGUCCUUUAGAACUGCAUGACAGUAAUUUGCAUUGUUUUGAGCUAGUAAGUUUGUGGAAUUGGUUAUCGCAGUAAUAGGAAAUUCAUACAUGCAUCCUGAUGGGACCAGUUACAUCACUUCUUUCAAAGGCUGUCUAUGAUUGGUCACUUCACAUCUGUUAUUCACUUUACUUACAGAUGGCAAAGUGUAGUUGUGUUGAUUGCUUGCCUCCCAAUGGUAAAUCCGCAUUCUACAAAAAUGGAUAAUCAAAAGUGGAAAUUGGCUAAUAAAGAUGAAAGUGUAGCAGAGGACUAAAAAAUGAUAACACUGGAAGUGAAAGUCAAAUUGAACAUAAAUGGAAUUACAGAAGAACUAGCUGCCUGGGCAUGCUGACACUGCUGCUGUUUGAGAUACUGUAGAUAUGUGACCUGAGAAACAGUGAAGGCUCAGUUAACACAAAUGAGGAAAAUAGUUGUGGUAAAAGGAUAAAGAUGUCCCAGAGGAAGUGAUGCCAACAAAACACUUCAUUAUUUUUUAAUCUAUAACUUACUGUAAUUUCAUCAAAGUCUCAUCAGGAUUUUAUAUUUUUUUAGACAGAUAAUAUCUUAAAACUCACCUGGUAGAAGAAUAUUAUUUUUUUGUUUUUUUUUAAUACACUGGUAGAAUAGUCAACAUCUAUUUAAAAUGUUUAAAUGAGCAUGCCCUUUAAUUCAGACAUUCCACUUAACAUCUUACCUAGAGAAACACUUGCACAUAUGCAAAAUACGUGUGCAAAUGUUCACUGCAGUCUUGUUUGUAAAAUCAAGAGACUGGAAAAUAUCUAAAUACUAGUAAAAGAGUGGUAACAAGUUAUGGCUGACAGCAUGGAACAAUAUAAGUGAGUGAAAAAGAAUGAAUUAUAGGUACUAACAUAGAAUAAUCUGAGACAUAGUGGAGACAUGAAUAAGCACGUUGCAGCAUAGAAAAAAUAUUUAGAAGGAAACACAACAAACUGAUAACUCGUUAAUUUA